AUGGUAAAAUUCAAGGAUGAAGCAGCGCGAGAUCUGGUUCUGGAAUCAGAGGCGAUACAUUUUGAUAAGAAACCAGUAGUCCUUCGGCCCUGGACGACUGAUAUUGGUUCCUUAAAGUCCAUUAAAUCGGUACCAGUGUGGAUUAGGCUUCCUGACCUUGGAUUACAAUAUUGGGGAGUAAAUUGCUUGAGUGCUCUUCUGGGACACACGAUUGCUACCUGCAAAUUUGAUUCUGAAGCAGUUUGGAGGAAGAAGGAUACAAAGAAAGCACCUGCAUCUGAUCCUGCUGAGUCUAUGGAGAAUGCUACUACCCAAGAUGCUGCUCUGGUAAAUUCAGCUCAGCCUCAAUCGCAGCAGAUGGGAGUGUCUCAAUCUGGUGAGAGUCCAAAAGAACAAGUGUGGUCCUAUCCGAAAAAAUCUAGGGCCCUGAAACCAGCAAACCCAAUUCCAUUUCAGAAAACCAUGAACUCUUUCAGUGUUCUUCAAGAACAGCAGAAGCAAAUUUCAAUCCUAGAUGUCUGUCGUUUGAAUAAAACUGGAAUUGGGGCUCUCCUUGAAACUAAAAUCAAGGGAGAGAAGCUCAAGGAAGUUAUGUGUUCUACAUUUGUGGGUUGGGAUUAUUAUAGUAGUUUGAGAUUGGAGGGUAGAAUCUUAUUGAUUUGGAGGGCUAGCUGGGUUCGUAUUGAAGCUAUCCAAGAUCAUGACCAAUUUUUUCACUGUAGGGUUCGAAUAUGUAUCACUAUUCAAGAGUUUUGUCUUACAAUUGUUUAUGCUUCGAAUCAAUUGGAGGCUAGGCGGUCUCUUUGGUAUGAGUUGGCUCAUUUGACUUUCCCAGUUAAACCUUGGGUCAUCUUAGGUGACUUUAAUGUAGUCUUUGAUCCUAAUGACAGAAUGGGUGGGAGGCCUAUUUCGGUGAAAGAACUAGAAGAUGCUAGACAGUGGCUUGACCUUGGUUUGGUGGAAGAAUUGAAGAUAAUGGGAUCUUACUAUACUUGGUCUAACAAUCAGGAAGGGGGAAAUCGUAUCUAUUCUAAGUUGGAUAGGGUGUUCUCUAAUGAGGACUGGUUGGACUCCUUUCCUAAUGUUACUGCUGUUUCGCACUGGGAGGUGUUCAGAACAACAGUUUUGGCCAACUGGUAUAAACCUUUAAAAGUUGAGGGAUGUGGCUUGGAGCAAGUCAUUUGGAAGCUUGUCCGCCUCAAACAUGUGCUGAAUAAAUUCAACUGGAGGGUUAUUAGAGAUGUGUUUAAGAGGCAUGAGAAACUUUAUGCCAGUUUUAUUUCUCAAAAGAGUGAUUGGCUCCGUUUUGGAGAUGAAAAUUCCUCAUUUUUUCAUGCAAGUUUGAAGAAAAGAAAAAUUGCCAACACGAUUGUGACUUUUGUUUCUGAUGGAGGUCGAGUUGAAGAUAACUAUCAAAAGGUUGUCAAUCAUUUUUUACAGCAUUUUAAGAAUUUCUUGGGUAGUUCAAGUAAAGCUUUAUGUUAUAUUGACCCUGUCACUAUAGCUUUGGGUCCGGUUCUGAAUUUUGAUGACCAGUUGGAGUUGAUCAAACCUUUUUCUUACCAAGAUGUCAAAUCUGCUAUGUUCAGUAUUAAUUCUAUAAAAAGCCCUGGUCUUGAUGGUUUUGGGGCUGGCUUUUUCAAAGCAUUAUGGAAAGAUAUAGGCAAGGAGGUGUCCAUGGCAGUGCUUGAUUUUUUUGAAACCGGGUAUAUUCCUAAAUUUCUUAAUAAUACUAUCUUAGCUCUCAUACCUAUGGUUGAUAAUCCGAUUAAUGCUGCUGACUAUAGGCCUAUUGCUUGUUACCUAAGUAAGGGUUACAAUAGGAAACAUUGUUCUCCUCACUACCUCAUGAAGAUUGACAUUAGUAAAGCUUAUGACUCCAUAGAUUGGGACUUCUUGGAGAAUCUGUUGAAAGCUCUUAGAUUUCCUGGUCAUUUUAUCAAAUGGAUCAUGGUCUGUUUAAGAGGCACUUCCUACUGUUUAUUGAUGAAUGGUCGGAUUCAAGGUUGUUUUCAGGGUGGUAAAGGGCUUCGUCAAGGUGAUCCUAUCUCCCCAAUGCUCUUUGUAAUAGUGAUGGAUUACCUUACCCGUUUAUUGCAUAAAUCUUCCAAGGAAAAAGACUUCAGAUUCCAUCCUUUAUGCAAAUCUUUAAAUAUUAUUAGUCUUUGCUUUGCUGAUGAUUUACUUCUGUUUUUCAGUGCCCAAGCACAGGUUCAUAUUGUGGCAAGCAGUAAACUAGAAAUUGCUCACAAGGGACCUGCUCCAUUCUUGUCAUCUGUCUAUUCCCUGUUUGGCCUGUCCGGAUUGUGCUUUUGA